CCUCACCCAGACCAGGAUGUGUCGGGUCACCCCUGGACCCCGGUGCUGCCCUCCUGUGGCAGCUCUGUUGCUGCUGUGUUGUGGCGCCCCCCCCUGCCUGGCCGUUUGCCCCGCCCCCUGCCUCUGUGCCGUGGAUGUCAUUUCCUGCGGGGGCAGUAACCUCUCCGCGGUGCCGUCUGACCUCCCGUCCUCUGGGACGCGUCUGGACCUGAGCCAUAACCUGCUGAGGGCCGUGACCAGGGACUGGACCCCCCGGCCCUGGGACCGACUCACUUCACUGGUCCUGAACAGGAACCUCAUCGGUCUGAUCCACGCCGACGCCUUCAACGCCACGCCGCGUCUGCUGCACCUGGACCUGUCGUCCAACCAGCUGACCGUCCUGAACGCGUCGGUCUUCGCGGCCUUGACGGACCUGGAGGAGCUGCUGGUCUUUGACAACCGGCUGGUCCAGGUGGUCCCGGGGGCCUUCAGGGGUCUCCACCGCCUGCACAGGUUGUAUCUCUCUGGGAACAAAUUCAAGGCGUUCCCCCUCGAGACCUUGGGGGGGCCUGGAGGCGUCCCUGACCUGACCUUUCUCGACCUUUCCUACAACAACAUUUCUGUGGUGCCCGUCCAGAGUCUGCUGACCUUCGGCCGUCGCGGCUGGAUCUACGUCCAGCAGAACCCUCUGGUCUGUGACUGUGGGGUCAGCGCUUUACUGCAGUACUGGACGUGGAAACAGUACCGCCCCCUGGUGGACUUCAGAGGAGAAUUCCCAUGCAGGGAACCCCCCCCCAUCAGUCGCGGGGGGGUGACGGACUUGCAGUCCUACCAGGUUGAGCCAGGAAGAUGGCUGUCGGUUCCAUGCCCAGGACUGGCUGCUGCUGCAGCCAAUCAGGGACAGGUUGUUUUCUGGGUGACUCCCAGGGCUGUGGUCAACUCGUCGAGCGGUGGUCCGACCGACCGGACCGUGGUUCUGUCCAACGGAACCCUGGUGAUCAGAGGGGCACUUGUUGAAGAUGGUGGUACUUAUGGGUGCGUGGCAGCACGGGGGGGGCACUUUGACCCCCCCACGCCCAUAGAGGUGAACGUUGUUGUUGGAAACAUUAGCGCCGCCGCUGUAAGUGGCUCAACUCGUGGCUCAGAGCCCUUCAACACGGCCUUCACCACACUGGUCACCUGUGGCGUCAGCAUCACCUUGGUCCUGCUCUACCUCUACCUCACCCCCUGUCGAUACGGGGGGGGCAGUGGGUGUGGGGGGCAGGUCGUCGUCCUCUGUUCUGACCCUGAAGACAAGGAGUCUGGGAAACGCAGGUCCAACGGGAAGAGAGUGGCUUUCUCAGAACCUCAGGUGGACGACCCUGAGCCCUGUGGUCCGAAGACCCCGGGUCAGGGUCAGGGUCAGGGUCAGGGUCAGGGUCAGGGUCAGGGUCUAGGUCAGGGUCUGGGUCAUGUGGUCAGGGUCAGGGUCUAGGUCAGGGUCAGGGUCUGGGUCAUGGGACCACCGACGGAAUCCUCAAGAAUGGGAAUGGGGAUAAGUCAGACGGGAUCGACUGAAAAUGACGUUUGAAAAUAUUGACAGUUUUUUACUCCACAUAUUUACUGUAUAUUUAUAUAUAUUUACAUUUUAACAUUAUUUUAAUGAACUUUUUUUUGAAUGAACUGACUUUUUUUCAAGUUAAAUUUUUAAUGACAAAAAAAGCAUUUGCUGAGUGACAAAAACCACGGCCCAAAAAUACAAAUACAGUAAAAGUAUAAAAGUCUGACUGUAAAUAUAAGAGACUUUUAUUUUGAAGGUUGAAGGCUGUUCUUCUGUUUCUCUUCUGUUGUUGAAGAGAACAGUGUCAGUUGCUGAGGUUCACAGACCAUGUCAGUCUGUGGUGGAUUGGACCCAGUUCUUAAUAAAUAAAUAAAUCAGUCACAGCUGAGUCGAUGACGUUUUAGACGUUUUAUUUAGUACAAAUCACCAAAUCUCAGUAUGUGUGGAUCAAACCCCGGGUGAAGCAGCGGCUGUGACUCAUGACUGACGGUCCAAUAGAACUGGGUCACAUGACGUGGGUCCGUUUCUGUUCCUCAGAUCUUAUCACCAAUAAGAACUUUCCAGAAAUCUCUGUUUUACAUCGUGACUCUCUACAGUCUGUAAUGUCUGUAAUGUCUGUAAUGUCUGUAAUGUCUGUAAUGUCUGUAAUGUCUGUAAUGUCUGUAAUGUCUGUGGGACAGAGUUGGUCCUGCUGAUUGGACAAGAAAGUGCAGAGAAAAGUCAACAGUGGAGGCAGGCAGUACUCUGUCCCACCUCAAGGGGCGUCUAAAUCUUUAGAGUUUAAUUUGUUUAUAGGAAAUAUGAAUUUGUUAGACACCAGGGGGCGCUGUGUCCAUUUUUAUAAAGAACCGUUCUUUGUAGAGCCUUUGUGUUCCUGUGGAUGUGUUGGUGUUGGUGUCAGUGGAACUGAUGGAUGUGAAUCAGUACCAGCUGAGGAGGAACAGUGGAAUAAGACGUUCUGUUUGGUUCUUACUGUUGGAACUCAGUUCCUCAGCAGCCGUCACUGAAGUUAGUGUCGGUGAAAUGGCCGUAUGAAGCUGCCCAUGGCAACCGGUUCGCGCAUGCGCAAACGACCAUAUGGGAGCAUGUGGAGCAGCGACACUGCCGACAGCUGCGGUGUGUUAGUGUUGAUUUGCUGUUGUCGUUCAGCAGCAGCAGCAGCAGCAGCAGCAGCAGUGACAGUGAAGAUCAGUGAUGAGGAGGACGAGUGAAGUCAACUCUCCACUGGGGGGUGCUGUUUAGACGUGGCUGAAGCAGAAGGCCAGACCGGGGCUCCAGGAUCCAACUCUCAACACACAACACACAAGGACCAGGUGUCAACAAGGACCAGGUGACAACAAGGACCAGCUGACAACAAGGACCAUGACAACAAG